AUUGGAGUUUUACGACAGCGGUGGUGACUGGGGGCAGCGCGCGCGCGCGGAGGGAGACGCAGCAACGGCGGUUCACCUCCCGAAGCAAACAGGAAGCGUCCCGCGCCGGUGCUCGUUCACCUGCGAGCCGUGUCCUGCCGGAGAGCUGUUGAGCAGCGAGUCAUUCCCGAGACGGACACCUCCGACACCAACGAGCGGCUCCACCAUGAAGACGCCGCAGAAAUAACUUUUUGAAGGCGUCUCGUUUCACCGGCACGUACUGUCUGUAGCGACCUGACAACACAGAGAAAGAUGCAGUGUCCCAGAUGCUUUUUACUCGGCCCUUGUCAGGAGCAGAGGAACUGGAAAUAAGAAGCUCUGGGAAACAGCAGGUCCUUAUGGUUGAGUUGGUGUUUCGUACACUCCGCCAUGCCUCCUGCCAUGACCGACCUUGUGGACAUAUGGGGAGCCCACUCGCCACUGGAUGGACAGGCACCAGUCCAUGUCACCAUGGACUUCCUGCUGCCCACUGGCAUCUACAUCCAAAUGGAGGUUCCACGAGAGGCCACAAUACAACAUAUCAAACUACUCUUGUGGAAGCAGGCCAAGUCAUACCCUCUGUCUUCAUUCCUCGGCGAAAUGGAGAGCCACAUGUUCGAGUGCGUCAACCAGGCGGCUGUACAUGAAGAGCUGGAGGACGAAACCCGCCGCCUAUGUGAUGUUCGGCCUUUUCUGCCAGUCUUCAGGCUGGUGACUCGCAACUGUGGACGAGCGGAGCGUCUGCUGGAUUCCAAAAUUGGAGUAAUCAUUGGGAAGGGCCUCCACGAACUAGAUGGCAUCAAUGACCAGGAAGUGAAAGACUUUCGCAGUAAAAUGCAGCGUCUGAGUGAGGAGAGGAUGCAGCGUGUGCAGAUGAUGUCAUUCUCCGAGUGGCUGCAGGCCUGUUUCUCCCCACAACUGGAGCCCGCUGCCGGGACCGCCAUCACAGACGGAGCCAACGACUGGCCUGCAGACCUGAAAGUUAUUAUUCACUUUGACCAGUCCCAGGAUUCCACGAGUCUGAAGGUCCUGUCAUCUUGCUCUCCAUUUGUGUUGAUUGAGAUCGCCUUGAGAAAGUGGCAGACCACCCAUGCACCUGAAGAAGAAACCAAGAAGGACCAGUACAUUCUGAGGGUCAGCCAGUGCCUGGAGUUUCUUUAUGGAGACCACCCCUUAAUUCAGUAUAAGUACAUCCGCUCAUGCCUCCAAACCAAAGAGUCCCCCCAUCUCACCCUGGUCCACAUCAACACGGUGAAGGCCAUGUUCGACAAGGAGAGCAGUGCCAUUGGGGCCGUGGUCAGUCGCAAGUCCUCCAACCCUCCUCUACCUUUACCUCCCAAGAAAAGAGCUCCCACGCAGCAAGUGCAGACGUGUGUGUGGGACGUGUCGAGCCCAUUCAAGGUAGUCCUCGUAAAAGGCAGCACAGUGAAUGCAGAUGAGAAUGCCAAGGUGCAGGUGAGGGCAGGUCUCUUUCAUGGAACAGAACUGCUCUGUAAGCCGGCGGUGAGCAACGAGAGCAGCGGACGCUCCAAUCACUCUUUGGAGAACAACACGCUGGAGUUUGAGAUCUCUGUCUGUGACCUCCCCCGCAUGACUCGCCUCUGCUUUGCUAUUUAUGCCAUCAUGGAGAAGGUCAAAAAGAAAUCCUACAAAAACCCGCACAUCAACAAAUACCAGACCAUCCGCAAGGCAGGGAAAGUGCACUACCCCAUAGCUUGGGUCAACACUAUGGUGUUUGACUACAAAGGACAGCUGAAGACCGGAGACAUGAUCCUGCAUUGCUGGUCUUCCUUUCCUGAUGAACUUGAAGAGAUGCUGAACCCAAUAGGAACUGUCCGCACCAACCCGUACCCCGAGAAUGCCACCGCGCUGCACAUCCACUUCCCAGAGUAUUCCUCUCAUCCCAUCAUCUUUCCUCCUUUUGACAAGAUACUGGAAAAAGCAGCAGAGAUUGCUGGAUCAAGUGACAGCACACCCAUAGGUCGUGGGGGUAAGAAGUUCCACAUCGAGCUGAAGGAGAUCAUGGAGCGCGACCCACUCUCUCAGCUGUGUGAAAACGAGAAGGAUUUAAUCUGGACACUACGCUACGACUGUCGGGAGAAUUUCCCACAGUCUCUUCCAAAGCUGCUGCUCUCAGUGAAGUGGAGCAAACACGAGGACAUGGCCCAGCUGCAGGCACUUCUUCAGAUUUGGCCCAAGCUGAGUCCCAGAGAUGCUCUGGAGCUGCUCGACUUCAACUACCCCGAUCAGUAUGUCAGAGAAUAUGCUGUGAGCUGUCUGCGGGAUAUGAGUGAUGAGGAACUGUUGCAGUACCUGCUGCAGUUGGUGCAAGUGUUGCGUUAUGAGCCAUACUACGACUGCGCCCUUACCCAUUUCCUGCUUGAACGCGCCCAAAGGAAUCGCAAAAUAGGACAUUUUCUCUUUUGGCACUUGAGGUCAGAGAUCCACAUGCCCGCCGUUUCCAUCCAGUUCGCCCUCAUCCUAGAAGCAUAUUGUAGAGGCAGCAUUCCUCAUAUUGAGGUUCUAAAGAAACAGGUGGAGGCUUUGAGUAAACUAAAGUCUGUCAAUGAGCUCAUUAAGCUGGGAACUAUUAAGAACACUCGUAGUAAAACCAAGGAGGCCAUGCUGACCAAGGAGGCCAUGAUAACGUGUUUAAAACAGAGCGGCUACUCGGAGGCUCUGUCGGACCUGCACUCCCCCCUGAACCCCAACGUCCUGCUGUCAGACAUUAACGUGGAAAAGUGUCGAUACAUGGACUCCAAGAUGAAGCCCCUUUGGAUUGUUUACAACAACAAGCUGAUGAGCAGUGACACUCUGGGAAUCAUCUUCAAAAACGGAGACGAUCUGAGACAAGACAUGCUGACCCUGCAGAUUUUGAGGUUAAUGGAUCUUCUGUGGAAGGAGGCCAACCUGGACCUCAGAGUUGUACCCUAUGGUUGCCUAGCAACAGGGGAUCGGGCUGGGCUGAUCGAGGUGGUCUCGUCAGCAGACACGAUUGCAAACAUUCAGCUGACCAGCAGCAAUGUGGCUGCAGCUGCAGCAUUCAACAAGGACGCUCUGCUUAACUGGCUCAAAGAGAGGAAUUCUGGAGAUGCUCUGGAUCGAGCCAUCGAGGAGUUCACUCUGUCGUGUGCAGGCUACUGUGUAGCUACUUACGUCCUGGGCAUCGGAGACCGCCACAGUGACAACAUCAUGGUCCGCAGCACUGGACAGCUGUUCCACAUCGACUUUGGUCACAUUCUGGGAAAUUUCAAGUCCAAAUUUGGGAUCAAGAGGGAGCGCGUACCGUUUAUCCUCACGCACGACUUCAUCCACGUCAUCCAGCAGGGCAAGACCGGAUACACCGAAAAAUUUGGCAGUUUCCGACAAUACUGUGAAGAGGCUUAUCUGGUCCUGAGGAAGAAUGGCAACCUCUUCAUCACUCUCUUUGCCCUCAUGCUGACUGCUGGACUACCUGAGCUCACCUCAGUCAAAGACAUACAAUACUUAAAGGACUCUCUAGCUUUGGGAAAGUCUGAUGAAGAAGCCCUCAAGCAGUUCCGGCAAAAGUUUGACGAGGCCUUGAGGGAGAGCUGGACGACGAAGGUGAACUGGAUGGCCCACAACGUAGCCAAAGACAACCGUUCCUAGGGGCCUAGAAGAGAGACACUUUCAGGGAGUCUGUGGAAGAUCGGACAAGAAGACGGGGCGACGGAUACCCUGUGCAAAGAAGGGAAUCGAGCUGAAGUCUGGAAUGUUUUUAUUUGCAGAUUCACCCCCACAUGCUGUACAGUGCAGACUGUCCCACCGCUUUCUCGCAGCAUCCACACGCAUGGUCCUCUCUGUGGAAGCGCUGCCUGUGCUGCCUCGCACGUUUGGUCAGCCGCAGCAGCAGCUGAUGGACACAGCCCAAAGAAGGGACCUGAGGAGGCACUGUGCCUACACUAACCACACAGAGCGGGCUGGCCCCAGCUUCACCGCUGUGGUGGAGCGGGUCGCUGCAGCCCGCUGAUGGGGAAGUCCAGAGACUGGUCCUAAAAAACUGCACGGUUACUUCCUCUGUCCUCAUGUGCCUCCAAACUGCUGGAAGGUAACAUCGUUCUGAGGGGUUUUUUUUGCUCGGGGGGGGGGGCAAUGAGAGAAGAUGCUCUGAGCCUUUCGGUCCACCGUUUGGAUCAAAGUUCACCUUUUGAACACUGGAAUGUUUUAGUGACCUGCAGUAACUUAUAAAGUCUUUUAAUAAUCUAAAAAACUUGAGCUUUUUUUAUAUGUAUAAUUUUUUUUAAGAUUGUGAAAUCAAAGGCAUGGUUGUCACUACCCCUUAUUCACUCUGAGGGCCGUUCAGCCCCUCCAAACAACUCACUGCAGCUAAGGCUUUUAACAGGAAACACAUCUUCAAUAACGUCUUCAUAUCAACCAAAACUGAAUGUGUGUACAUGUCCUGCUCUAUGUAGAGUCUAUAGAAGCAGAUGUGGGCGGGGCCUGAGGGCAGUAUUUAUCUAGACGCAGAGCUGCUUCUGUCGGCGUGCUGCAUCUGUGUUUGAUUCUGUGCAAUAUCCCAGUAUUUGAUCCAUUAUCCUGUCGUGAUGCGCCUGUAAUCGUUCUGCUGGUUCCGCUGCCCUCUGAACUCCCAGACACUGGAUAUUGUCAAAUGUAAAGGCUUUUAUUGUUUUGCUGGCUUUAUUGUUUUCAUAGGAGUUUUAUUAAAGUUAUUUUCCACCUCUCUGCA